AUGGUACUGUUCGAUCCCGCAGACACGGCCCUCGCAGCCGUGGUGAGGUCCAUCAAUGCCACAACUCCAGCCUGGCGCCUGGGACCGCUCAACGCAUCCUGGGUCGUCGUCACCGACAGCAUCCCUCCCGGCAGCGACGUCAACGGGCAUAACUACUCCGACUCGCACAGCGACAUAGGCGGCACGAUCGUCGUGCAGAGGAAGGUGACCAACAGCGUGGGAUCCCUCCCGCUCAAUUCAUUCGUCUACCUGAUGAUCUCGGCCUUUGUAAUUAUCGUCCUCAUCGCCCUGCCCAACUGCAAAUACAUCGCAAGGCUGCUCCUCGGGAAGGACACGCGCUUCGACACCGACUGCCCCCAUUCCGCCACCGGCAUCAGCGAGUUUACGUUCAACCGAAUGAUCUGCGGGUUCUAUCCACCUGAGCCGAGACACGAGCCGCUGCCCUCAUAUCUCGAGGCGUUGGAUUACGUGCCCGGCAGGGAGGUCCGGUCCAGCGACGUCCGCGAGUGUCAGAGCAUGAUCCGGCGGGUAUAUUUGUUGAAGGUCAAGGUCUUUAAUGCCGGCAAUGUCCAUCCCGCGAACCUAGGUAUCGUCGAUGACUGGAGGCUCCAGGCGAAGGCAGGCUUGAGCGAUAUCAGGAUCCUGGCGGACAGUUGGGCCCAACGGCACGACUGGUCCCCCGAGGAGAAGAUGAAGGUCGCUCAGAUUCGACAGAGGAUCAUGGCCAUUCAAACCGGAUGA